CCAAAGAUUAAAUCGAAUACCAAAAAUUUAGAAAAAUACAUAAAUCAUAAUCAAAUCAAAAAAUCAAAUAUUUUUCUAUUUUUAUUCAUUUACACCCUCCAAAGCAAGAGAGAGACAAUAGCUGCUUUUCUAUAAAUUAAAAGUAAAAAAAAUAGAAAAGAAAAAAAGGACUUACUUUCAGUGUAAAGAUUCUCUUCUACAAAAUUUCUCUAACCCUUGCUCAAGCUUCUUUGCAGAAUCUCACUUCACCAGGUUCACAAAAAAAUCUUGGAAAAAUGACAACUGAAAGUCAAAUGCAUGAUGUGGCUACGACUGUGGGGGCAAACAAUAUUGCUUCAUCAAGCCGCACAAAUGCUCCGCCAACGAUGGCACCGGCGGAGAAGCUCAGAAAAUUUUCGGGCAUUGACUUCAAGCGGUGGCAGCAAAAGAUGUUCUUUUACCUUACCACUUUAUGUCUACAAUGAUUCACUAGUGAAGACGCUCCUGAGGUGCCCGAGGGAACCUCGGACAAAGACCGUUUCGUUAUUGUAGAAGCUUGGAAACAUUAGGACUUUCUUUGCAGGAAUUAUAUUCUGAGUGGUCUCCAAGACGACCUCUACAAUGUCUAUAGUGGAACCAAGACAUCAAAGGAACUAUGGGGGGCACUUGAACAGAAAUAUAAAACGAAGGAUGCGGGAAUUAAGAAAUUUCUUGUUACACGGUUCCUGAAUUUCAAAAUGAUAGAUAGCAAAUCUGUUGUCUCUCAAGUACAGGAGUUGCAAGUCAUCAUACAUGAUCUCCUAGCCGAAGGUUUAACUGUGAAUGAUGCUUUUCAAGUAGCAGCGAUAGUUGAGAAGCUACCACCAUUGUGGAAAGACUUCAAAAACUACUUAAAGCAUAAAUGCAAGGAGAUGACCGUUGAAGAUCUUAUCGCCCGACUCCGUAUUGAAGAGGACAAUAAAGCUACCAAAAGAAGGUCAAAGGGAAAUUCUACAAUUAAUGGAGCACAUAUUGUAGAAGAUGACCAAAAUAAUUCGAAGAAAAGAAAGAAAGUUGAACAUGGAAGCAAUCAACCCAAGAAAAAGUUUAAGGGAAAAUGCUUCAAUUGUGGCAAAAUUGGCCACAACUCCAUAGAUUGUCGAGUCCCGAAGAAAGGCAAGAAAAAGGAUCAAGCAAAUAUGAUUGAAUCCAACAAAGAAUACGAUGAUUUGUGUGCUAUGUUCUCAGAAUGCAACUUGGUGGGAAUCCUCGCGAAUGGUGGAUGGAUUUUGGUGCCACCCGCCAUGUAUGUGCCAACAAGGAGUUGUUUUCGUCAUUUGCUCCGGAUCAAGUAGAAGAAAUGAUCUAUAUGGCUAACUUUGUUACUGCUAAGGUGGAGAAAACAGGAAAAAUUUGCUUAAAGAUGACUUCCGGCAAGAUCUUGACACUAAACAAUGUGUUAUAUGUUCUGGAGUUACCUAAGAAUUUAAUUUCUGUUUCACUCCUAUAUAAGAAUGGAUUUAAAUAUGUAACUGUUUCUGGAAAAAAUAUAAUUAGCAAAGGAGAAAUGUAUGUAGGGAAAGGCUAUCUGACCGAAGGCCCUUAUAAGAUGAAUGUAAUGACUGUUGAAAUAAAUAAAAGUUCAAAUUGUUCUUAU